AAAUGUAGGGAAGGAUUUGAAUGCAAUCCAACAACCAUAAAGUGAUCGAAUUGAAUUUUCCCAGCAGCAAUCUCAGCAAACCCGGUCCCUUUCUUGAAGGUAGUACAAGAAACAGAGAGAGUGAAGAUUCUCGGCCAUGCUCAGAUUCCCGCAAGCAUGGACGAUCCAAAAGUGCUUCGGAGCGUGAUAUGUAUGCCUCAAGUGGUGCCAAUGGAGUAUACGCACCAUCAGUUUCAACUAUGGCAAACACCGGAUCUAAUCCUCUACAUGAACCGCCGGCUUAUAUUAAAAAGAAUGCUUCCUCGAAUCAGAGAACCUCACUGGAACGAGAUAUUGAGCAGCUUCAGUCUCGUCUGCAACAGGAGAAAUCUAUGAGAAUGGUGCUAGAGAGGGCUAUGGGCCGUGCUUCAAGCACCUUAUCACCAGGGCACAGGCAUUUUGCUGCUCAGACCAAGGAACUUAUAGCGGAGAUUGAAUUGCUGGAAGAAGAGGUUGCGAACCGUGAGCAGCAUGUUCUCUCUCUGUACCGGAGUAUUUUUGAACAUUCUCUCAGCAGGGCAUCUUCCGAGCAAAAUUCAGGUGUUUCUUCUCCAGCUCAUAUAAAGCAGCCUCCGAGGAAGCACCCAAGUGUCAUUUCAAAUGCAUUCUGUUCCUCCAAGAAUAUUGCUCUGAGACCUUGGCAUGCUCUCGUUACCAUAAAUGAUUUGAGCAGAAAAACUUCCAAAAAGGAUCAAGCAUCUCAGUUUGCGGAGAGCGACUCUUUUCCUUCUGCAACAAAUUGCUCAAGCCAGUCAAAGACCCAUGCAAAGGAUUCAACAACAGACAAAUCUCCAACACAGAGAACUCUGAAGGAUCAUCUAUACCAGUGCCCAAGCAAGUUAUCUGAGGAAAUGGUUAAGUGCAUGGCCUCUGUAUACUUUUGGCUUUGCAGUAGUGUGACAUCAACAAAUCCGGACAAGAGAAGAUCACCCAUCCCGUCAAGGUCGUCGUCAACCAAAGUGAUAAUCCCUCGGAACAUUAUGAGUGAAGACCGAGCUUGGUCUUGCAAAUCCAUGGUGGAGAUAUCUUGGAUUUCAACAGACAAGAGACGGUUUUCUCAAGCAUCAUAUGCUAUUAACAACUACAGGCUCCUUGUGGAACAAUUGGAGAGGGUUACGUUGAGUCAGAUGGAGGACAAUGCAAAACUUGCAUUUUGGGUCAACGUUUACAAUUCUCUCGUCAUGCACGCAUACUUGGCAUAUGGGGUACCUGCCAAUUCUCUCAGAAGGUUAGCUUUGUUCCACAAGUCUGCAUAUAACAUCGGUGGUCACAUCAUAAGCGCAAAUACCAUUGAACACUCAAUAUUCUGUUUCCAGACACCACGGAGUGGACGUUGGCUCGAGACCAUUAUUUCGACGGCCUUGAGGAAAAAAUCAGCAGAGGAUAGACAAAACAUUACAAGUUCAAGGUUCAAGCUUUCCAAAUCUGAACCCCUUCUCUGCUUUGCUCUUUGCACAGGUUCUCUGUCUGAUCCCGUGUUAAAGGUGUACACGGCAUCAAACGUUAAAGAGGAGAUAGAGGCUGCAAAAAGGGAGUUUAUGCAGUCGAACGUGGUGGUGAAGAAGUUGAAGAAAGUAUACUUACCGAAGGUUAUAGAGAGGUUUGGGAAGGAGAGUGGUCUGAGUUCAGAGGAGGUGAUGAGAUGGGUGAUGGAAAACGUUGACAAGAAGCUUCAGGAAUCCAUACAGAAAUGCAUAGAGGGUAAACCCAACUACAAGAAGGUCAUUGAGUGGUUGCCUUACUCUUCAAGAUUCCGUUAUGUUUUCUCGGAGGACUUAAUGGAGAAGCCCUGGUGGAUGUAACGUGCCCGCUGUUUCUUUUCCUUUUUUUUUAUUUCGGUUACUUGAGCUACAAGAAAUUGUGAUCGACUGUGUGCGUUUUGUAAACGGGACCCUUAGAGAAAGGCUUUUUGUUAGGUCCUUGA